ACCUGUGUGCAUGCCAGAGAGCAGCUGUGGUUUAGAUAUUAAGACUGUCUUUCCAAACAGCAUAAGAAGUAAUUGAGCCACAAGUAUCCUGGAGGAAGGGCUCCCGUGGGCUGUGAUGUGAAGAGAGGAAUCACCAGAUAAGAGAGCAAGGUGUUGGGCAGUGCUGUCGGGGAUGGCAGGAUUUGUAUGAAGUUUAAAGCAGACCCGGGAAACAAGUCCAGGGAAAGAAGAGGGACCUGCUGAAAAUGAGAGUUUCAGUGUUCUGGCUCAUCUCUUUCUUCAUGAUCACAGAGGGCCGUGAUGGUUUCCUGGGGAGAAAUAAUGGCCUCAGAACAAAAAGAGAACUCAUUGUGAAUAAGAAAAAGCAUGCAGGCCCAGUGCAGGAAUAUGAGCUGCUGCUUCAGGUGGCCUAUAGAGAUUCCAAGGAGAAAAGAGACUUGAAUUUUCACAAGCUUUUGAAGCUUCUAUCAUCACGGUUACAUGGGCCAAUAAAGAUUAUCAGAGCAAAGGCGACCACAUACUGUGGCAAUGAGAAUGGGGUUCUACGGUGUGCCUGUGAAGAUGGCUAUACCUGGUUUCCUCCCUCAUGCCUUGAUCCCCGGAAAUGCUACCUUCGCACGGCUGGAUCACUCCAGAGCUGUGACUGUUAUCUCAACAACCUCACCCAGAGUGUCAAUUUCUGUGAGAGAACAAAAGUUUGGGGCACUUUCAAAAUUAAUGAAAGAUUUACAAAAGACCUUUUGAACUCAUCUUCUGCUAUAUACUCCAAAUAUACCACUGGAAUUGAAAUUCAGCUUUUAGAAGCGUACAGAAGAAUUCAAGGUUUUGAGUCAGUUCAUGUCACUCAAUUUCGAGAUGGAUGCAUCACUGCUGGGUAUGAAGUUGUUGGCUCCAGCAGCACAUCUGAGCUGCUGUCAGCCAUUGAACAGGUGGCUGAGAAGGCUAAAGCAGGCCUUCGCAAGCUGUUUUUACUAGAAGACAACUCUUUCAAAGUAUUCAGGAAAGUCCAGUGUAACAACAUUGUUUUUGGAUUUGGAUUUAAGAAUGAUGAGUAUACUCUUCCCUGUAGCAGCGGCUACAUUGGAAACAUCACGGCCAGGUGCCAGCCCUCUGGGUGGCAGGUCAUCAGGGAAACAUGUGUGCUCUUUCAGCUGGAAGAACUGCAGCAGAAUUUCAUUGUGAUCGCAGGCAAUGCCACCGAGGCAGCCGUGUCCUCCUUGGUGCGAAAUCUUUCAGUUGUCAUUCAACAAAACCCAUUAAUCACAGCUGGAAAUCUGGCUUCGGUGGUGUCGAUUCUGGGCAAUGUCUCGUCCCUGUCACUGGCAAGACAUUUCAGGGUAUCCAAUUCAACGAUGGAGGAUGUCAUCGAUAUAGCUGACCAUAUCCUUAAUUUAUCAGCAGUAACCAGUUGGACAAUAUUACUACAGGAAGAAAAGCAUGCCGGCUCACGGUUGCUGGAGACACUGGAAAACAUCAGUGCUCUGGUACCUCCAACAGCUCUGCCUCUGAAUUUUUCUCAGGAAUUCAUUAACUGGAAAGGGAUUCAAGUGUCCAAUAGCCAACAUAAGACAGGUUACAGCUAUCAGACUGAAAUAUUCCCCCCAAAUACCUUCACUCCCAUCAGAGCCCAUGUGUUAAUUGGGUCAGACCAAUUCCAGGGGUCCCUUCCAGAAACCAUUAUCAGCAUGGCCUCAUUGACCCUAGGGAAUGUUCUACCCAUUACCCCAGAUGGAAAUGCUCAGGUCAAUGGGCCUGUGAUAUCUACGAUUAUUCAGAACUAUUCUGUAAAUGAAAUUCUCCUGAUUUUUUCCAAGAUAGAGUUAAACCUGAGCCAACCUCAUUGUGUGUUUUGGGAUUUUAGUCAUUUGCAAUGGAACGAUGCAGGCUGCCAUCUAGUGAAUGAGACUCCAGACACGGUGAUGUGCCGGUGUACUCACCUGACCUCCUUCUCUAUGCUGAUGUCACCCUUUAUCCCCCCUGCCAUCAUUCCUGUUGUGAAAUGGAUCACCUUUGUGGGACUGGGCAUCUCUAUCGGAAGUCUCAUCUUAUACCUGAUCAUUGAGGCUCUGUUUUGGAAGCAGGUUAAGAAAAGUCAAACCUCUCACACACGUCAUAUUUGUAUGGUGAACAUAGCUCUGUGCCUCUCGAUUGCUGAUGUUUGGUUUAUCGUUGCUGCCACUGUGGACACCACGGUAAACUCUUCUGGAGUCUGCAUAGCUGCAGUGUUCUUUACACACUUUUUCUACCUUUCCUUGUUCUUUUGGAUGCUCAUGCUUGGCGUCCUGCUGGCUUAUCGGAUCGUCCUCGUGUUUCAUCACAUGGCCAUGCCUUUGAUGAUGGCCGUCGGGUUCUGCCUGGGCUAUGGGUGUCCUCUCAUUAUAUCUGUCAUCACCGUUGCGGCCACACAACCUAGCAACGGCUACAUAAGGAAAGAUGUGUGUUGGCUUAACUGGUCCAAUGGGAGCAAACCCCUCUUGGCCUUCGCUGUUCCUGCACUGACUAUUGUGGCUGUGAAUAUGGUUGUGGUGCUCUUAGUUCUCACAAAGCUCUGGAGGCCCGCUGUUGGAGAAAGCCUAAGUCAGGACAACAAAGCCACUGUCAUCCGCAUGGGGAAGAGCCUCCUCAUUCUGACCCCUCUGCUGGGGCUCACCUGGGGCUUUGGCAUAGGAACAAUGGUGGACAGCCAGAAUAUGGCGUGGCAUGUUAUUUUUGCAUUGCUCAAUGCAUUCCAGGGUUUUUUCAUCUUAUGUUUCGGAAUGUUCUUGGAUACUAAGCUGCGACAACUGCUGUUCAACAAGUUGUUUCCUUUAAGCUCUUUGAAGCAACAAUCAAAGCAAAAUUCAUCAGAUUUAUCCACCAAACCCCAAUUCCCAAAAUCUUUCAACCCAUUGCAACACAAAGGCACUUAUGCAUUUUCUCAUACCGGAGAGUCCUCAAAUGACAUCAUGCUAACUCAGUUUUUAUCAACUGAAUAAGGCUGGGAACCAUAAAAUCAAGGAAAAAAUUUUGGAGCAACUUGAUAUUUAGAG